AUCGCACGAGGCCACUUGGUCGUUGUUCGUUGUCGUCGUCUUCUCAGUCUUCGUAGCCCCUGGGGCAGGCUAUAAAAGCGCCGACAGCGCCAUCAACAAAUUUUAUAAGCACUCGAGACGAGAAACCUAUUAGAAAUGACUUUGGUGCCGACCACGUAUCGCGAUCUGUCCCGGGAAUUGGAUCGACCGCGUCCACUCUACCAGCCAUAUGACUUCCAGCUGUACCCCUACCUAUGGGACGAUCCGCGCAUCUGGUGGCCCACCAACAGCAGCAGCAGCGACUACUUGCGCCCUUUGGAUGAGCUGGUGAGCAGGCGAGUGCGCAACCAGCUAAUACAAUCGACGCCCUACGACUGGUCAUAUCCCAUGCGCUGGGACAACUAUUACUCCGGCGAGCGGGUGCAUGCGGAUGAGAAGGGCUUUCGCAUUGACAUCGACGUGCGCCAGUUCCGACCGCAUGAGAUUGUGGUGAAGACCAACGAUGACUACAUCAUUGUCGAAGGCAACCACAACAAGCGCAGCGAGGGCGCCAAUGGCUACGUGGAGCGACACUUUGUGCGCAAGUAUCUGCUUCCGCGUGGCUACAAUGCCAACGAAGUCAUCUCCGAUAUCUCCUCGGAUGGCAUUCUCACCAUCAAGGCGCCGCCGCCGCCACCAUCCAAAUACUAUACGCCCAGCGAACGGCUUGUCCGCGUUCAUGAAACAGGAAAACUAGCGCUGCCCUGGAAGUAGCUGCGCCCCCUCUUUAGCUGCUGCUGACAUCUUUAUAGCCUCUCUCGCAUCAUUGGGAAAUAUUCAAAUUCAAGAAAAAACGCUUGAUGCAAUCUUAAAUGCGCAAUAAAUUGAAUUUUAUGUCAAUGGAAUAAAUCAGUUAUAAAACACAACACAUCUAGGGUUACCAGCGCUGUCAUUUUUAGGGAUUUUCUUGCUGUUUUGGUUCUUCUUUGUGGAUUUUGCCAGAAGCAAAAGCAAACUGAAGUUACCCAACACGAAAAUUUUAAUAAUGCGUUUUGCAGUAAUUUUUUAACGACAUAAACUUUAUUGAAUCCCAGCUAAACUAAUACGAAAACUAAACAUAAAUAAAACUAAAAAAUUUAA